AUGGCAUUAACCGAAAGCCUAGAAAUAGUAGAUAAUGCCAUUAAGCAAUUAAAAUGCGUUCCUGGAGAAAUUGGAGUUUUAAUUAACUCUAAAUUACAAAAUAUAUUGGGAAAAAUCCCAGGAUUUAAGGUUGUAAAUCGUUGUGUUACUUUUGACUGGUUCGAACGAUUUAAAGAAGGUCAUAUAUCCAUUGAAGAUGAUCAUCGUCCUGGGCGUCCAUCAACAUCAAAAACAAUUGAUACCAUUACUUUAGUUCGAGAUAAAAUUAGAUACGACCGAAGAUUAACUGUCAAAGAAUUAACCAAUGAAGUUGGCAUAUCAAUUGGUACUUGUCAUUCGAUUUUAUCAGAUGAAUUGGGUAUGAAAAGAGUGUCCGCAAAAUUAGUGCCAAAAUUGUUAACCGAGGAGCAAAUGGAACAUCGCGUUAAAAUGUGCUUGGAUCUAAAAAAUCGGGUUUCUAAUGACCCAAGUUUUAUAAAAUCAAUAAUUACGGAUGAUGAAACAUGGGUGUAUGGAUAUGAUCCCGAAACCAAAUUCCAAUCAUCGUAA